CUUUACUAUUUCCAUAGGAAAUAUUAGGGGCUGGGCUCCAAAUUGCCUGGCUGAACUCCUGCUCCAUGUUCUUGAGAUGAUUAAAAAUGGGUAGAAUAGGGAAGUGGAUGCAUUUUCCUCCUGCUCUUGUUCUUGUAAUAGCUUUUCCUCCCUUAACUAAGAGAUUGGGUCUGGAGCUGAGUGCAACUAUAAUAUUUUGAAGUAUCUAUUUUCUCUCUUGUAAGCAGGACUUUCUCUUUCUAAACCAAAUGUGACCUCCUUACUGGAGCAAGGGAAAGAGUGAUGGAGACAAAGUGACAAGAGGCCUAAGAUCAGCUUUGCCUUCUCGGAUCUGGAUCUCUCAUUCCUCAAGAAAGCAUCAACAAGCACACAGAGGGCAUGGAAGCCCAGUCACUCCCUGCCCGGUUCCCUGCACUGGUGACCUUCAAGGAUGUGCUUGUGAACUUUACCAGGGAGGAGUGGAAGCUCCUGGAUGCUGCGCAGCAGGUCAUGUACAGAGAUGUGAUGCUGGAGAACUAUAGGAACCUGGUUUCCUUGGGACAUCGACUUCCCAAGCCUGAUGUGAUCCUCCAGUUGGAAAAAGGGGAAGAGCCAUGGCUGGUGGAGAGAGGGACUCACCAAGAUGCCCAUCCAGAUUGGGAUACUGCAGUUGAAAUUAAAGCAGUUUCCAAUAAGAGCAUUUCCAAAGAUAAACAGCCCUAUGACAUUAAAAAGGAAGGAAUGGUAAAGAGUGAUCUGUGGUAUUUGUCAUUAGAAGAAGUCUGGAAAUGUGAAGAUCAGUUGGACACGUAUCAGAAAAACCAGGACAAACAUUUGAGGCAAGUGGCAUUUACCCAAAAGAAAGUAUUUUCUCCAGAAAGAGUCAGUGAACAUGGUAAAUUCAGGGAAAACUGUCUUCUUCCUGGUCAGCUAGUACAGAGAGAGUAUUUCCAUAAACAAGACUCAUGUACUAAAAGUUCUAAAGGUGAUUUAGUUAUUAGUGGUCAUCAGGAAAGCUCUGUAAGUAAUAGCAGUGAAUGUAGCCAAACCUUCUGUCGGAACAUUCACCGUAUUCAAUUUUCAAAAACUCAAACACGAGAUAAAGCCUACAAAUGCCUGGAGAAUGAUAACUCUCAUAGGCAUGGCACAUCCCAUGGUAUAUCCAAGGGUAUACAUAGAGAGAAACCGUAUGAAUGUAAGGAAUGUGGAAAAUUCUUUAGCUGGCGUUCUAAUCUUACCAGGCACCGGCUUAUUCAUACUGGAGAAAAACCCUACGAAUGUAAAGAAUGUGGAAAAUCUUUCAGCCGUAGUUCUCACCUCAUUGGACAUCAAAAGACUCACACUGGUGAGGAACCCUAUGAAUGUAAAGAAUGUGGAAAAUCCUUCAGCUGGUUCUCUCACCUUGUUACCCAUCAGAGAACUCAUACAGGAGACAAACUCUACACAUGUAAUCAGUGUGGGAAGUCGUUUGUUCAUAGCUCCAGGCUUAUUAGGCACCAGAGAACUCAUACUGGGGAGAAACCUUACGAAUGUUCCGAAUGUGGGAAAUCUUUCAGACAGAGCACACAUCUCAUUUUGCAUCAGAGAACACAUGUUCGAGUGAGGCCCUAUGAAUGUCAUGAAUGUGGGAAGUCUUACAGCCAGAGAUCUCACCUCGUUGUACAUCAUAGAACUCACACUGGACUGAAACCCUUUGAGUGUAAAGAUUGUGGAAAAUGCUUCAGUCGAAGUUCUCACCUUUUCUCACACCAAAGAACCCACACUGGAGAGAAACCAUAUGAAUGUCAUGAUUGUGGAAAAUCCUUCAGCCAGAGUUCUGCCCUCAUUGUGCAUCAGAGAAUUCAUACUGGAGAGAAACCAUAUGAAUGUUGUCAGUGUGGGAAAGCCUUCAUUCGGAAGAAUGACCUCAUUAAGCAUCAGAGGAUCCAUAUUGGAGAAGAGAUUUAUAAAUGUAAUCGUUGCGAAAUUACGUUUGUCCUCAACUCUCCAUUUAUAGUACGUCAGAUAGCUCACACUGGAGAGCAGUUCCUAACCUGUAAUCGGUGUGGGACAGCACUUGUUAAUAGCCCUAACCUUAUGAGACACCAGACAAGUGAUAUUAGAGAAAGUACAUAUUAAUAUAAUGAAUAUGAAAAACUUUUCACAAA